GUCCUGGUGGCGCCAUUUCCGUGCCAACAUACGUCUUCUCGCCGUCAAUAUAAUGCAGAUGCACAUUUGAACGGAAACCUGACCACCUCUACAAGCGUUCCAUAACCUGCAAUGGACAAGGCUGAGGCUUGGGAUGGCCUUCCCAGCUACAGCACUGCUGUGCAUGGCCAUCGACGAAGAGCUAUACGCCGAAUGCUGAGAUACGCAGCAUUUGCUUGUGUAAUCUACCUUCUAUGCCUCAAGUGGCCUGUGCCUCGCCAAACACACCCAUCACAUCUUCUCUCCGCCGAAAAACUGGAACAAGAUUAUGCUACAUGUACCAAGCUGCGGACCACGCCAACAUAUCCGACCGGGCAUCGUAACGCCAGUGCUCGAUAUGUCCCUGGCACCCGACCAGUCUUGAUACGCAACGCGACGGUCUGGACUGGCGAGCCGGAUACUGACACUGGAGAACACAUCUGGACUGCGCUAGAUGUACUCCUUCAAGAUGGUCUCAUCAAGCAGGUCAGCGCACAUAUCGCGGAAGAGGAUUUGCCCAAAGACUACGAUCUUAUUGAUGCCAAAGGAACACAAGUCACUGCUGGAAUCAUUGAUAUGCACUCACAUACUGGAGUUGAUUCAUUGCCGGGACUCAACGGAAACGGUGAUGUAAACGAGCUAUCAGAGGACAUAACUCCCUUCGUUCGCAGCCUCGAUGGAUUCAAUCCCCUCGAUCAUCAAAUCCAGGUAAUCAAAUCUGGUGGCGUAACCACAUCCUUGAUUCUACCCGGCAGUGGCAACAACAUUGGAGGCGAGGCCUUCGUGAUCAAGCAUGCCGUGGGAAAGCCUGAUGGUCGACCAGAAUUGAGCAUCAAAGACUUGCUUGCGGACCCGGAGAAGCACCAUCGAUACAUCAAGAUGGCAUGCGGCGAGAACGCCAAAAAUGUAUAUGGCCAAGUCGGAAGAAAUUUUGGUCCCUACAGCAGAUUGGGAGAGGCAUGGUAUUUUCGUCAUGCUUUUGAACAGGCUGCAGCUCUCAGGGAUUCACAAGACGAAUGGUGUGCCGCAGCGGAUGCCAUUGGUGUCCAGAACAUGGAAUCUCAUCUGCCGCAGAACCUCAAAUGGGAGACUCUGGCCGCCGUACUACGAGGCCAAGUCAUGGUCAACACCCAUUGCUACACAAUUCCCGACCUCGAAUCAUUUAUUGGCUAUACCAAUGAGUUCAAGUUCCCUGUCAGGGCAUUUCAUCACGCGCACUCGACUUUCCUGAUCCCGGAGGUGCUGAAGCGAGCAUACGGAGGCCGGGCUCCAGCUGCUGCGCUCUUUGCAGACAACAUGAACUACAAAGCAGAAGCCUACGUGGCGAGCGAGAAGGCUGGAAAGAUACUUCACGAGGCUGGCAUCACGCCCGUGUACGUAAGUGACAACCCCGUUCUGAAUGCACAGCAUGUGUUAUUCGAGGCUGCCAAAGCAUAUCGCAAUGGGCUACCGUAUCAUGUUGCUCUAGCAGGCGUAACGAGCGCCUCUGCAGAACUCCUAGGUCUUGCUGAGCGUAUUGGCAAGGUCAAAAUCGGAUUGGACGCUGACGUUGUUUUAUGGGACUCUGACCCGCUGGGUGUCGGAGCCACGCCAUUACAAGUCUUUAUCGAUGGGGUACCACAGUUCAAAGAGCCGAUUGAGCUCGAAAAGCCUCUCAGUCCACCACUGGAACCAUCCACUAGCCGGGAUCUGGAAGACAAGCCCAAGGAAGUACGCAAUAUUGUCUUCACGGGCAUUUCAAAGAUCCAGAUCCCUGGGCAGGAGCAAGCAGCCGACGCUACUGUCAAAGAUUUCCAGCUGGUCGUGGCAGAUGGCAAGAUCGCGUGCAUUGGUCAAUGUCAGCACAAGAUAUCCGCAGACAGCACUAUCGUCGCACUGGAGAACGGAUAUAUCACUCGCCCUCUGACCGCAUUCGGUAGCCUCCUUGGACUCGAAGAAAUUGCCGCCGAGAAAGCCACGUCCGAUGGCUCACUUGACCAAGAUUCCUUCUCAGCCGCCAUCGACGGACUACGACUAGAUGGCAGAAACUUAGCUGCCGCUUACAAUCACGGUGUGACGAGAGGUAUCACAGCUCCCAAAUUCGGCAGCUCUCAACACAAAGGCCUGAGCAUCGCAUUUCGCACUGGCGCCAAAAACCCUCUCGAAGAGCAUGCAGUCAUCCGUCAACACGUUGCGCUCCACUAUCCUUUGACAUCGAACAUCAAGCGAGGAAAGACGCCUACCAUCUCCACGGCCAUCGCCGAGCUGAGAUCGAAACUCCUUGACGCACUGACUCCAGCCACGACGGACGACGAGAAAAUCUCACCAGAAUCUGCGGCACUGGCACAAGUGGUGAACGGCACCCUCCCACUAGUCAUCGACGUCCACUCCGCCGAUACCAUCGCCGCCCUACUGCGCGUAAAACACGAAAUUGAACAAGCAAUCUCCACAACCAAACAUUCUUCCACUAAAAUCCGCGUCAUCAUCCUCGGCGGCGCAGAAUCACACCUUCUCGCCAAAGAAUUGGCAGCAGCCAAAGUCGGAGUCAUCCUCGCCCCUCUCUUUAGCUACAGAGAAACGUGGGAGCAACGCAGAGCAUUGACCGGUGCGCCACUCACGAAUGGCACAGCCGUGGAUGUGUUACACGCCGCCGGCGUCAAAGUUGCGAUUGGUGUAAAUGAGGAUUGGGAGGCGAGAGAUUUAUCUCUGCAAGCUGGGAUCGUGCACGCGAAUAGCGGCGGCAAGAUCAACGAGACGGAGGCCUGGGGUCUGGCAUCGACGGCCAUUUAUGAUAUACUUGGCAUCGAAGAGAAAGAAGACGAUGUCGAUGAGUUUGUCGUGUUCGAAGGCAACCCGCUGCAGAUCAAUAGUCAGUUGCGGGCAGUAGCUGAUGGACGGGGUAUUGUGAGUGUCUGGUCCUAAGAUGUAGUCGAGCACAUGG